GAGAAGAGAGACAAGAGAUGCCAGCAGUAUCUAGGGAGGAGGGGACCAAGGCAGGGAGAGCUGGUGUGGGAACGGGCAACCAGAAGGUCCUGUGUCUAUGACUGCGGGUGGGAGGAGGCUCCGAGGUGUUAGCGGCGAUGGAGAAAGAAACGGAGAUGUCAGGAUACUUUGGGGGGGGGGGGUGGGGGCGUUGAGGAUGCUGGUGGAUGGAAUGUAACAAGAUGGGGGCGCAUAUAGGAGGAGGCAGGCCGCUGUUUCCCGAGUGGGAAGAGAAUGGCGAGACCUUUAAGUGAAGAGUGUGAGGGUGACAUAAAAGAGCCCCAAGUGGAAAGUGGGGAAUUGGGUUAGUGGGACUGGCUAAGCAUCUAGGGAGGAAACUUGAGGUUACGCCAAUUGUGGAGCUUGGGGAGGCUCUGACGGGCAUCGAGUGGGGAUGGAGAUCCCCUACCGCCAGGGUGUUGAGGGACCUGAGGGAGAGCACUAAGCCAGGGCUUGAGUAGAGCUUUGAGAAAGAGCAAAGGGUAGAUGGAAGACAAAUCUCGGAGGCCACUAGGGCCUGGGAAUGUAAAGUUACAGAGGACCUAAACUGAAAAGAAGAGAAAUGGACUUGGAGAUAGAUUUCGGUGGUCGGUGAGGGGGUUGGGUGGAGGGAAUCCGGAGGACGUCCAAGGUUCUAACCCGAGUCGGGUGGAGCGAGGCGUUGCCAAAGAGUCCCAGAGAUGGGGACUGAAGUCAGUUUUCACUUUGUAGGGAGGCAGCUGCCGCUCCAGAUGCUGCUGCUGCCGCCGCGGCCACCCCACCCUCGGUCCUCCUCUCCGGAGGUCAUGGACCCACCGCCCCCCAAGACUCCCCCUUUCCCCAAGGCGGAAGGCCCCUCCUCCACCUCUUCCUCGGUGGCGGGGCCGCGGCCACCGCGGCUGGGCCGACACCUGCUCAUCGACGCCAACGGGGUCCCCUACACGUACACGGUGCAGCUGGAGGAGGAACCUCGGGGUCCGCCGCAGCGCGAGGCGACUCCGGGAGAGCCAGGUCCUCGCAAGGGCUACAGCUGCCCAGAGUGCGCUCGUGUCUUUGCCAGCCCUCUGCGGCUGCAGAGCCACCGUGUGUCGCACUCGGACCUCAAGCCCUUUACUUGUGGUGCUUGUGGCAAAGCCUUCAAGCGCUCCAGCCACCUGUCGCGGCACCGUGCCACCCACCGCGCGCGCGCUGGCCCGCCGCACACCUGCCCGCUCUGUCCACGCCGCUUCCAGGACGCCGCGGAGCUGGCGCAGCACGUGCGCCUGCACUGAGCUCCGAGCUCGGCCCUGCCCUCUCUGGGCCACCACGUCUGACCCACACAGCCUCACUCCCACACAUUCCCCAGUGUUGCUGAGGUUACUGCCUUACCCUAGGCCUCAGUUUCCCCACCUAUCCUCAAAGAGAAAUAUCAUUUUGUCUUUUUUUUCUCCCCCGUCUAGCUGUGUGAUGUAGACCAAAGUUGUUGCCCCUCUGGGCCUGGGUGUCAGUUAGAACUGGGCUUCAGUCCGGCUGUGCUGUGUAAGCCUUUGCAAGUGCUACCUACGACCUCUCCCGAGUCUUGGUUUUCUACCCCUUCCAAGUGGUGAGGUCCUCGUGGAAUACAUGACAAAAGCACUGGCACGGUCAGGAUCAUCUCUGUACUGCCCUCUAAUGCCCACGAUCCCUCAUUCUUUGCCCAAUAAACAUUCCGUUCUUCAUUCUCGGGCUCUUACUUGCCUGUGGGUUGAAUAUUGGGAGAAGGGAGAUUGGGUGCGGAUUGCUACAACAUAGGAACCUUGUGUUUGAAGCGCGUUUCCAACCGGAGCUGUUUUCUGAUGCUUAGGCGACCGGCCCUCUCCGUCCUCUUUAAGGCCCCUCGCCUCUCCCUGGUUCUGUAUUUCCCAAACCCGGUACUGUCAGGUGCAGGAGGUAGCUG